GGAGUUUUAAAAGAAAAGAAAAACCAUCCCACUUACAAUUGUUCAAGAUUCAGGAAUCAUGUCGUCUACAGAUGAAGGAAAAAUACCAAUUAUAGAUAUCUCAGGCUCCGUACCUGAAGCAGAAGUUGCUAAACAGCUUGUGGAUGCUGCGGCAACCUUCGGCUUCGUUUACAUAAGAAAUCUGGGGAAAGAUAUCCCUGUCGAUGCUAUUGACAGAACCUUUGAAUUGGUAUUAUUUCCUAGACUAUGUUAUAAUUCAUAGCUAAAACAUGUAUAGUCCCGAAAGUUCUUUUCGUCUCCAAUAGAAGAGAAGCAACCUUGUAAAAUCAAGGAGAAUGUAUGUCAUAUGAUAUCAUUCUAUACCUCGCCAUGGAUAACAGCUGAUGAGGAGAUAGAAUAGGGGAUGGUCUGGGAUGCACACAGAGAAACUUGAUGAGAAGAAUCAAAGGGUUUGUUCUCCUCCUGAAGAUUGAUCAGAGAUUUAAGGCUAACACAAUUACAGGUUGGAGACUUCAAAGAGUAGCCUGCCUCCCUCCAAAUAUACCUCCGUGUAAUACCAUAACUGACUCCUCUUCCCCAGAUCAUUCAAUUUAGGCGAUUUUGUCGAUGGAAAAGCGGAACAGCCUCUUCCACCGUCAUUAUCUCCACACGAAUCAGAGCUUAACGAGUUUCAACUCUACUGCCACAAGCUUUGUCUUAAACUCCUUACCUUAUUCGCUAUUGGUCUUGAGGUACCUUUUUCCCCUCCACCUUGCAAUAUUUAACAUCAACUGACCAUUUAUAGAUUGACCCCGCAGCUGGCGGUUCCACCUGGUUUUCCUCUCGACACCGAGGCGGCCCAACAGGAUGCAUCCUUCGCCUUCUUUACUAUCCUUCCUUACCACCAAACUCCGACUACCAACCUGAUGUUGACAUUCGAGCUGGUGCUCACUCGGAUUAUGGAUCUAUUACCCUUCUAUUCCGUACGUCGUUACUCUUUUAACCCACCAACUAAAAACUAAUUCUCACCCUUUCAGAACGACCUUCCCAGCCCGGUCUCGAGAUCCUCCCUCCGUCUUCUUCAUCAGAGCCAAAAUGGACUCCAGUCCCCAUCCAACCACCUCCAACCGAAUCUGACCCCUCUCCCCCAAUCCGUAAGCAACCCCAUCUAAUUUACCGCAAAUUAAACCCAAACUAUUGCCACGCAAUCCAUCCUCCCCAUCCUCUCCCAUACCGGAACCCUCUUACUAACCCUCUUCACCAACCCCUAACCCCCUACCCAACUAACACUAACAACCCCCACACUAGUCGUAAACAUAGGCGACCUCCUCUCCCACUGGACUAACAACCUCCUCGUUUCCACUGUCCACCGAGUAAUUUUCCCAAAAUCCACUUCCAAAUCCACUCUCCCCCCAGAAACAACAGAUCGCUACAGCAUAGCCUAUUUCUGUCAUCCUGUCGGCACCACCAUCUUAGAAGGCGUCCCUAGCAAACACGUACAAGAAUUCGGAGAAGCAAAUGGAGUGGUUGGACGGAAAAAGGGAGAGAGGAUUACAGCGGAUGAACAUUUGAUGGGGAGGUUGAGGGCUACGUAUGCGGGGUUGUAUGAGAAUGGAGGGAAAGAGUAAAGCACGGGGAUGGAAAAUUGAGGGUGAGUGAGCUGUGUACUACUACUACAUUGAAA